AUGGACCGUGACCCGCGUUUCACGUCGGCUUUAGGGGCAGAGUUGUUCCAACUAUUGGGUACGCGACUGCUUAUGUCUACGACAGCCCACCCAGAGACGGAUGGGCAAAUGGAGCGCGUGAACAGAGUGCUUGAAGACGUCCUACGCAGGUACGCGACGUCGUUCACGUUGUGGAGUUUGUUUCUCCCACUCGCUGAAUUUGAAAUCAACAAUGCAGUUCAUGCGUCAACUGGGUUGACGCCAUUUUCGUGA